AUGAAGAACUCAACUGAGAUUAUGGCCUUUGUGCUGACUGCCUAUGGUGACAUUGGAAAAUUAAAAUACCUGUAUUUCAUUAUAAUGCUGUUAUGGUACAUCUCCAUAUGUGUGGCCAACACAGUUCUUAUUGUAGUCAUUUAUGUGGAUAGAAGGUUACAUGAGCCGAUGUAUAUAUUAUUAUAAAUAAUAUAUACAUCGGCUCAUGUAACCACAGCAAUUUAUCCUCUUCUGCUAUCACAGAUGUUUUCAGAUACCCAUGAAGUGACCCUGCCAUGGUGUUUUCUGCAGAUGGGUUAUCUCUACACAUGUGCCUCUGUUGAGUUUUGUAGUUUAGCAGCCAUGGCCUACGACAGAUUUGUCUCUAUCUGUCAUCCUUUACAUUACAAUGCAAUCAUGAACACAGGUAGAGUAGGGAUGAUCAUUCUGCUUAUAUGGGGAUAUUCAUUUGCUAACUUUCUAUUUUCAUUUUCAUUCAUCAUCCAUUUAACAUUUUGUGGAAAUGUCAUUGACAAAGUGUUUUGUGACCAUCACUUAAUAAUUAAACUUGCAUGUUCAGUUUCAGUAAUUAACAACAUAUCUGACCUGCUUUUUGCAUUUGUGACUAUUGUUAUCCCAUUUAGUCUUAUUUCAGUCUCCUACAUGAAGAUUUUAAAUGUUUGUCUAAAUACCCCUAAAGAAAAGCAAAAAGCCAUUACCACCUGUACACCUCAGAUUGUCUCAGUGUCAAACUUGUUUAUUGGCUGCACUUUUAACUUUGUGGAUUCCAGGUUUGAUGUGGUUCUUGUACCAGAUAAAUUACGCAUUAUUUUAUCAGUUUAUCUCCUCAUUUGCCAACCAAUGAUCACCCCAUUUAUGUAUGGAUUUUACUUACUGAAAAUAAGACAGUCAUGUAAAAGACUUCUGUUCGAAAAUAAAUAUCUGUCUUCAUGUUGGAAGACUGUUUAG